UAUAUUAUAUUGUGGUGGGAAGAAACUGAGGCAGUCAUGUGGGAAGCAAACAAGAGGAUCCUAUAGAUUUGAGAGCUCAGCCUCCCUUCUCUUUUAAACACCCUCAGAGCAUUGCAGAGAGUUGAAAACAAAGAGAGAAAAAGAAGGUGAGGGUGAUAAAUAAAGAGAGAAAAAAGCCUCUCAAGGAUAUAAACAGAAGACAUAAGCAUACGCAAGAUGGUUUCUAGGGAGCACAAGAGAGCAGCACUGCAUGAGAAGCUGCAACUUCUUCGUUCCAUUACUAACUCUCAUGCUCUGAACAAAACAUCAAUCAUAGUAGAUGCAUCGAAGUACAUUGAAGAGCUAAAACAGAAAGUAGAAAGACUGAAUGAAGAUAUAGCAGCUGCACAAACUUCAAAUCAUCAAAAUCCAUUGCCUGUGGUCACAGUAGAAACCCUAGAGAAGGGAUUUCUGAUAAAUGUAUUCUCAGAAAAGAGCUGCCCUGGUCUGCUUGUUUCUAUCCUGGAAGCCUUUGAAGAACUGGGUCUCAAUGUGCUGGAAGCUAGGGUUUCUUGCACUGACAGUUUUAGAUUACAAGCAGUUGGAGGAGAAAAUGAAGAACAAAGUGAAACCAUUGAUGCACAAGUGGUGAAACAGGCAGUGUUGCAAGCUAUUAGGAAUUGGAGUGAAAGUACUGAUCAACAGGAGUAAAAUUAAUGGAAUUUUGUAAUUGUUAUCCAUUAACUUUCUUUCAUGCAUUUUCUUUCUUGAUGUAGGUUAUUGGCAAUGUUGUUAAUGAUCAAUCAUUAAUCCCAAAUUUAAUGUUACAAAGUAGAUUGAAGGUGUUCCAAAAUUCAAUGAUAUGCCUUCAAGAG